AUGGAGCUCCCCCGGCUGAUAGUGAUAGGCGAGAAGAACAUCGGCGGCAUCGGAGGUUUUGUCCGCUCGCUUGGCAGGACAGGCAGGAUGGCCCUGAUCUCCGGGGUGAAUGUAAGGAAGCUGGUUCAGGACAGGGUGGAGAGAUCCCUAGAGGACUGCGGAAUCAGGUACGACUGGCAUCUGGCACCAAGCAAUGAGGUGGGCGCCCUAAAGAUACUGGAGAACCAGGUGAGGCGGCGUCACAGCAGACUCAUUGCGGGUAUUGGCGGCGGCCAAGCGGUGGAUGCCGCCAAGAUGUUGGCAUUCAAUCUGAAGGUGCCCUUUGUCAGCGUGCCCACCGCGGCCUCCCAUGACGGCGUUGCCAGCCCAUUCGUGUCGCUGAAGGGCGACAGGCCACAUUCCAUGGUGGCUACAGCUCCCCUGGGUGUGUUUGUGGACAUUGACAUAAUCAAGGGCGCCCCCCGGAGAUUGCUGUCCAGCGGGUGCGGGGACCUGAUUGCAAACGUGAUUGCCGUUAGUGACUGGGAGCUGGGGCGGGACAGGACUGGAGAGUACUAUGGCAGGUAUUCUGCGAGCUUGGCCAUGCUGAGCGCAGGAAUCGUGCUGGAGAAUGCGGCCAAAUUUGCAAAGAGUGGGAUAGACGCAAGGGUGGUAGUCGAGGCCCUGAUCAGUGCCGGGGUGGCAUCGUGCAUAGCGGGAAGCAGCAGGCCAUGCUCUGGAGCAGAACACCUGUUCUCACAUGCGCUAGACAAGAUAGCGCCGGAGGUUGGCCUGCAUGGAGAAAAGUGUGGGAUCGGCGCGAUCAUGAUGGCAAAGCUUCAUGGCCGGGACUGGAAAAAGAUCUCCCAAGCUCUGCGGGACGUGGGUGCGCCAACAACGGCAGAACAGAUAGGGCUGGAUCGUGAUACGCUUGCCAGCGCGCUGGUUAUGGCGCAGGACAUGAGGCCCGAACGGUACACCAUUCUCAAGGAGAAAAAAAUGACAAAGACGAAAGCCAUCUCCCUGGCAGAAAGCACGUUGGUUCUGUGA